UGAACAGUGCCUGUACCUCAUGUACUCCAAAUGCAAUAGUCACAAUGCGCUUGGGACUUGACCGCUAAAGCCUGCGCGAAAAGCCUACGCCAGUGCAAACACGGCGUCAGUUUGAACUCUUCCCCAGUUUAAAGAUUUUGCUUUGAAGCGUGUUCUUUGGAGCGCAUGUGCCUAGGUGCUGGACACUGGCGAGGAAGGGGUUGCAAAAUGCAGGCUCUCAAGUUUAUAGUCCUCGUUGCGGCGAUGCUGCCUAUUAUUAGUGCCUUAGCAUCGGACGCUGGAGCCAGCACAGACGCCUCGCAGGAACCCCAUCAGCCGGAGCCGGCGCCAUUGUCGGCCCUGCCGAAUCUCCUGCCUCGCGGCCACCCAUGGGACGUGCCCUUCUUCCUGGCGAUCAGCGGACUGCAGUACUGCCGCCUCGCGUGGGCAUUGGGCAUGGCCGCUUUGGCAGCCACCGUGUGCUACGCGGGUCUGAUCAUGAUUGCGGCGUUCAUGGAAGGUCGCUCGGUGGCCACGGCUUUGACAACAGCACCUUUCUGGCUGCUGUUCCAGCAGCUGGUUCGUCCCUACGAUCUGCGUCAGCGCCAGCGGGCUCAGCUGCACCGCGACCUGUGUGCGCUUGCGACGGAGGCUGGGGACUACGACCUAGCGGGUCAGCCCUCGCUGUCUGCCUGCAGCCUGAGGGACAGGUGGAGGUACCGGGCGGCACUGCUGCAAGGCUUGCGCGUGGCUGGCCUCUGCAGGAACUCUUGGGACGCGUUCACACACACCUGCUCGCUCAUGGCGUGGAACGAGCUGGCAGUGCCCGGCCUUCUGGCGGGCUGGGUGCUGCUGUCGCUGACGCCUGAGAUGCUGUCGGGUCGUGUGGGGUGGCCGUUUGUGGAUGUGGCGUGGUGGUGGUGGAUGCAGGCGGCCUUCGCCUGGCGCCUGAAGUGGAGCAUCUUCAAGCAGCUUGUCGGGACAACCUGCGCCUGCUUCAGCAUCUUCCCGGUGCUUGCGUCUUGGCUCAGCGCGCUCUACGAUAUUCGGGCAACCGCACGCGCACGCAAGGCAAAGGUUGCCGCGCGGGGCGGUGAUGAGUGGAUGCCGCCCAGGCCGUCCCACCUCUCCAUGUACGAACACGACAGUGACAGCGUCGCCAGGGAUAAGGACCGGAGAUACAUGGCGCUGUACCUCACGCUGAUGCAGCCGCCCAAGCUGUGGGAGCGCGUGGGCCUGCCGGCGCCCACCUGGCAGCAGGUGGUGUGCCUGAUCGCGGUCGUUAGCGGCGGCCUUGCUUACGGCGGCCUGACUGACGUGCUGGCGGAGCCCGGCACGCGCCUCUACACCGGCCUCGCCUGGCCUCGCCUGGCGCUGCGCUACUGGCGGCAGCAGCUGAGGGCCGGCGACCCGGGCACCUUGGGCCUGACCCUCAUCGCGGCGGCGGCGGUGAUCUGCGUGGCAGCGAUGCUCACCAGCAGCGCGCGGAAGUGCUGGUACAACACCUACAUGGACACGCUCGCGCGGGAGAUGGUCAUGUCGGGCGCAAUGCGCCCCACGCGCUCCUGCGAGGCCGUCGCGUCCUCGGUCGCGACGGCUGUGCACGGCGACUGCCCCUCCACGUUUGUGCGCCUGCUUGACUGGGGCUUCCAGCUCUUCCGCUUCUACCUUGGCAUGUGUGGGGGCGCGCUGCUGGUGGGCUGGCUGCUGUUUGGCGGCAGCGUGCCCGCCUACGGCCUGCCCAGCUUCCGCGGAUACACCGGCUACUCCGGGCAGUGGAUUGUGCGGCCGCCGCCGCCCAUCUGCCUGGCUUUGCUCAACGUGAGCGGUAGCAACAACAGCAGUGUCGGCGGUGCCUACACACCGGCAGAGGCGGUGUUGGACGGCGUGACCUACGCGCUUACGCCGCAGCUGGUGGCGGCGGUGAAGGAGGUGGCGGACCUGGGCGGCGGCUUUGGCGGCUGGUGGCAGCGGCUGCAGCUGGCGUCUCGCAUCAACCUCCUCGCGGUGCGGACGUUCCGGUCGCGUGGCCUGGAUGGGGUGCAGGCUGCACUGGAAGCGCUCCGGGCUGCGCGCGAGUUGUCGCCUUUCAUUAUAUCGGGGCAGGCCACGAACGAGUACGAAGAGGUGUAUGCUCAAGCGGUUAGUGUGCUGCAAGGAUACCCCCUGCACCAUGGUUUGACGGAAGAGGACUAUGCCCGCCACACGGACGUGAAGUGGUACAUAGGCAGCUCGAUAUGGUCGCUGGGCCUGGCAUGCGAGAAGCUGUAUGUGAGACCGCUGCACUUUCCUCGCAGCAGCUCGGUGAUUGCUGCGGGUGCUAGCUCGGGUGGCGGAAUGCGCAGUGAGGUCCGCGGCGGUAAUCGUGCGAUGGGAGGGGCGUUGACUGGGCUGACGGAAGCGGACCUACUGAUUGAUGCUGGGCCUACCCAUGCUGCGCCUUCGGCUCCGCCGCCGCCUAUGUGCGACGCCCGGUCUGUACUGGACCGUGCUUUGACGGGCGCGUGGCACUGCACUGCGGCUCUGGGCCAAUCCACAUCGCGCAGCCCGGCUACCAGCGCGGCCAGCAGGGCCUCCCAGCGGCGCGCGACGGCUGACAACACCAAGCCAACUGCGCAGGCGGGCAGCGCCUCGAGCCCUAAGAAGAAGCGCAAGGCCCCGGCCGCUGCCUCUGCAGCUGCUGGCGGCGGCGCCGGCGGCUGGCUGGCCUUCCUGGUGGCGCUGGCGGUGGUAUACCUGUGGGUAUUCGUGUGGCCGCCGUGGACACGCUCGCCGGAGCUGUUCGUCAACCACGUGGCCGGCCUCUUCACCCGCGGUGGCCGUGAGGCCCGGACGUCCACACGCAAGCCGUGCAGGUCCGCCGCCGCUGCGGGCAGUAGCGGCGGCGGCAGUGGCCGCAAGGAAGAAGCCGUACCUGUUGCGCCGUCAUCCAAGGGCCUGAGGCAGCAGCCGCAGAAGCAAAAGCAGGCGAAGCAACCGCAGAUGGCAGCCAAUGGCGCCGCUGCAGAGCGUGCGGCGCCGUCCAGGGAACCCACGCGCAAUGCACCCCCAUCAUUGCCUCCCUCUGAGCUUGCGGAGUUAGAGCGUGCUGCCUCUUCCUCUUCGGCGCAGUCCGGUGCUGCCAGCGCGGCGCCUACAUCCGUGCCCCGGUCUACCUCACAGGGCAGCAGCAAGCAGGGCAGCAAGACCAAACCCAAGGUGCCUGCGCAGGCAAAGCCAGCUCCCGCAAAGCAAGCUGCUGCGCCCGGCCCUGCGGCCGCAGCCGCGGCCACUAAUGCAGACGCGCCUCUGGCUGCAGCAGUGCCUAAGGCUGCGGCCGGCAAGCCGCCAGGCACUGCGCCAUCCCUCGCGGACCACCUACCCUUCACCGCUAUCCUGGCUGCGAACGCACCAGAGCGGCCGGAAGCGGAAUCCGACCAUCUCGCUCGCGUCGUAGACGAGGCGAUAGCGGCUCAACAUGCCACCGCGCCGCCACCGACGGCAGCAUCGCCGCAGCCCAAGCGCGGGGAACGCUCCAGUGCAGCGGCAGCGGCAGUGGGCGACAAUCCUCGCAGCUAUGCCCACGCCACGGCUUCGGACGGCAAGCGCUCGGCAGCGCCACAGCCCGCGGCAGCGGCACAUGCUGCCGCCGCUGUGCCGUCGCCGCCGCCGCCUGCAUCUCGGCCCACUGUGACCACCAGCGCUCUCUUCAGCUGGAACCGUCCCGUCAUUAUCACUACGGCGCCGCCGCCACCCCUGACCGCCGCCCAGCUCCGCGCCCAAGCUCAGCAGGCACCGUCACACACGGUGCGGCCUGCUGCGGCUACUGGUGCCGCUGCGCCCGCCUCAGUCCGUGCCACAGACGCGGCGGCUCCAGCGCCGGCAUUCGCUGCGCAGCUGGUGGGCGCUACAGCGGCCAAGCAGGUAGCCGUGCCCAUUCCGGUCCCCAUCCCCGUUCCGGAGCCUAUGCCCGGUGGCCUUCCCCCUUCGCAAGCUGCCUCAGCUCCACCGGCAUCGGGCGCUUCCGGCCCUGCUGCAGCGGCUGGCGCAGGCACUGCUGCUUCAGCCGCCGUGCCGCUGCCACGUGCGCCGCCCUCCGCCUUCAUGGGCUUCAACCCCGCCUUGGCUCACGUGCUAGGCCGCGCCUACAGCUCUGCUGCCGCGCCCGCGCCCACUGCGCCCUCUGCAGCUGCCGAUGCUGCGGCGUGCAGCGCUGCUGCGGCGCGUGCCCCCGGCUCCUUCCACCUGUACGACACCACUGGCCUUGACGCCGCCAAGUGCAUCCGGUGCCGCGGCGGCAUGCGCGAGAUUGUGUACCUGCACAACAACAACACCGUGGCGCACCGCGCCUUCUGCCGCGCCUGCAGCGCCGCCGACGGCCGGGCUGUGGGCGAGCCGUGCCCGCUGUGCAACCAGCCCGUGGAGCGCGUGCUCAGCAUGUACUAAGAUGGGGCUGGGGUUUACGGAUAGGGGUACGUGUCUUUGAUUGCGGCUCUGUAGAGGCUGGUCGCUGUUGCUGGUGUUGGCGUUUGAACGCAAUCUUGCGUUGUUGAAAGGUAGAAUCGGCAAGAACGGGUUGUUGCAGGAAAAGGACUUCGCAGGUCAUAUGACUGAUUGGUGCCACACAUGUCGUUGAGGGUCAGUGUCGAGCUGCUGGAAACUAGGGAGCGUAGCUGAGUAGGGCAGGACGUCGUACCGGAACGAACGCAGUGCCGCCACAAGGACGAAAAUUGAAAGAAGAAUCACAC